AAAAUAGUUGAUGACCGGUGCCAAGUGCGGAUAGUUCGUCGUCGAAUCGCUCUCUCUGCACAACGUGUGUCGGUGUGCGUGUUGUGCUGCCGUUCCUCCACAGUUUCCGUGUGCACCACCUUAGUGCAGUGUUGUAUUAGUGAGUGUGUGCUGCAGAGGCUUCGCCCGAGGGGGUUGCAAAGCUGAGGGGGAGUGCUAGAAGCGGCGGCCAGCUGAUUCGAAAAUGUAACGCAGGUGGGACGGGCACCACCGCGACGACGACGACGACGACGACGACGGCGAAACGGUGUCAUUCAGGCCGACGUCGCGUUUAAAAUUAGACCAAGCGCUAUUUCGACAUUCAAUUUCGCAUUCAUCGGUCACACUUUAAAACCCAAAUCACAGUGUAUCAGUGCCAGUGGAUCCCCCGAACCCGCAAAUAAUAAAAAACAAAAGAGACCAGCAUAAAAUGCAAAGAUGUACGGCGACAAACCGCCCCCGAACGAGCCGCAACAGUGGUCGGUGCACGCCGAAUUCACAAUCUCCCAUCCGGGCGCCACCGACCCGGACAACGUGCCGCGCACCCACACCGAACGCAACGAGGACGGCGUCCGCAUGACGUACACGUGGACACCACCACCGGCCCCGCCGCCCUGGACCAGCCCGCCGCCUUCGGCGUCCGCCAGCAAGAGCUCCAUAGAGAGCGGCGACCGUCCGGUGCGGUACGGCUACCAGAAGGGCAAUCUGUUCUUCACGUCGACGCCGCCCUCGAAGCGGUACCGUGAGGGUCUACUCACCGAGAGGAUUGCUGGUACGGGAAUCCAAGAUUCCUCCGGCUACGGCAGCGACCUGCUCUCCCCCAACUCGUUGGCCAGUGGCAGCCUGCCGCGGCCGAUCCUGCCGUACAAUCGCAAGUGCCGCAGCACCUGCAACAUCACCCUAACGACCAACCAAACCAACCAACCGGCCUCCAAUCCCUCGUCCGUCUGCGGACGCACCCAAAGCCUGAGGUGCCAGACGCCAACUGCCAAGUGCGACCAUCAGGAGAACUAUUACGGGUGCGGCGACCCCUGGUGUCACCACUUGAGAUACGGGGACGAGUUGUCGUGUCCGGGACGUUGUUCUCCGGUAAUGGAGGCGUGCGAGAGCUGCAUCAGUGGCUCCACACAGAAGCUGCCGACCAGAGCUAGCACUUUCUCCACACCGGUGCAGAGGGAGCUGUCGAAGAGGGAUGCGUGCGUGCAAACGACUGAAAUGAUUGACAAGUGCACGUCGCCGUUCCUCAAGAUGGGUUACGAGGGUGGCAAAAGGAAGUACACGAGGCACAGAACGGAGCCUAUACACAGUCGAAGGCAUUCCCCUGGUGUGUACACACCUGAUAGUUUGGACUCUUCUCAGCACAUUUCCGGACUGUCAAAGUCGAAAUCACUCCGCAAAUUGACGGCAACACAACCCGAAAACCUGUCCGACCACUCAAAAGCAAGUGACUCGAGUAAAAAGCCUCGCACCGUGCACAUCGACGUCUAUUGCACCGGAACAGAACUGGAAUCCGGUGACAGCUUGUCCGAAUCGGAGAACGACACCGCCUCCACCCCACAAACUGUGUUCGAGUCGGGCAAAGUGUGUGUGACUCACAAAAAGGCCAACGAGGAUGACCUGCCGUUCCGUUUACAAAAACAGUCCAGCAGGGACAUCAACAAGCUGGUGGAGGAGAGUAAGCAGGUAUCCGAUGAUGAAAGUGUGUCCUAUCCGUCGAAGAUCAGCUCCUAUUCGACCAUCAGAGACUUUUCCUCGAGCAUUUCCAGCGUCCCUAAAUCGUGGACCGACUAUUCGAGUUCAAGAAUGACGGUGCCCGACGAUUGUGAUUCAAUCGCCAACACCUCGUGGAAGGACACGUUUUCUGACGUCGAUAGUUUGUUGCAAAGUCGCUCCAGCAUUGCCCAAACUGAUAGUUAUGACCUGCUGAACAGGAGGCUGUACAACUCCAACAGCAUCGACGAAACACCCGAGUUUGAGGGCAAGAAGUUCUUGGACACGCCCAGUGCCACCAGCCUCCAAUACAGUGACAGUUUUGAGUACGCCAAUUCGGAGGACAAGUUGCGAAUUAAAAAGAUGGAGGACUUGUGGAAGAAUAAGGCGCAGCACAACAAACAGUGGAAGUCGCCGCAGACUGAAAGGAAGAACUUGUUGGCCCAGCAGAAAAAAAUGCAGGAUUACAUCGCCAACAAGCUGAAAACUGCCAAGAAGUGGGACUCCAGAGACAGCGACUCUGAUGGCAGCGACGACUCCGUUAAAGGUUGGACGUUUGUUAAGGGCCAAGACGUCGAGAAGUCUGGCAGCUUUCGGCUGAAUCCUCAGGAACCUACUAAGCCUGCGAUACCAGCACAAUAUUUUGCCCCUGUUUGUCCUUUGGCCCCUGAGGUGCCGAAGCUACAACACACACAAGAACCGGAGCCACAUAAACUGCAACAACUAGCCCCGCCCCAAUUAGACCCGGAACCACCGCAGACUGAAACUAAAGUAUGUGAUAAUCCUCCGUCUCCCAACACGAAACACCUCAUGCAACGCAUGAGCCUGGACCCGACGUUGCGCACCCCCUUCGCCCUGUUCCCGGGCUUCUACACGGAGCAACGCUACAUCGCCAACCGGUUCGGGACGGUGGUGAACGUGCUGCGCAAGCCCGGCCACCACAUCGGCCCGGCCAAGAACCCGGACUGCACCUGCGAACACUGCACGAGACACUUCGAGAGUCUGGGCAGGUUCAGGACCAGAUCGGUGGGGGACUCGCCCACCUUCCAGGCGCCCAACUGGAAGGCGCAGUUCAAAAGGGACGUCAAGUCGACGGAUCGCACCGUCGAAUCGCCCGCCGUUAUGUACACGGAUUUUUAGAUGUUGUUCAUGGUUUAUAUGUUGUUUUCGUUGUGCGAUGAUUAUCGAUGACUGCUUAAUUUAGUUUUUUAUAUAUAAAUACGAAUAAACGACUGGUUUUUUACGAAGAGGUAAAUUGAUGGACGUUUUCUGCAAUGUUUGGUUGGUUUCUAAUGCUGUUAUUGUUUGAGUUAACAUAAUAACAAGAGGAAGCUUGUUGAUAAUAAAAGUAUUCCACCUGA